UUUUGAGAGUUGACGGCCCACUUGUUCUUAUUAGGGCUGAUCCACUCGUGAACGGCCCAAUCGAGCAAUCAUGAUUCAUGAUCAUUAAUCAUAUGUCUGAAGCUAAGCGAGUGACCGGUGAGGUGACGAAGGGAAUUCUGGAGCUACAACAAAAAUGUCGGUGCUACCGGACGAGCUGUGGAGAAGCAUAAUGGAGAUUGGUAUUCAAACCAAAACUCUAGAUUACAAGAAUCUGUGCUGCCUCUCCAUCACCUGCCGCCGGCUUCGGCGACUCGCCGCCGAAGAUUCUCUCUGGUCGCAUCUUCUUCUUUCCGAUUUCCCUUCUACGAAAAACAAUUCAAAUUCGGGCGACGGUGAUAGGAAAAUCGGUACCCGAGAUAACAGUUACACCUCGUCUUCAAAUUCCAGCAGCAUGGCCAAGUACCUCUACCAAAUUAGGUAUGAGAAGGAUAGAGAAAAAAAGCGGCUAGCACACAGAAGAGCUAUUCUUAGAAUCGAGAGUGAAAUAGCUGAGCGUUUGAGGAAAAUUGGGGAGAUAAAGCUCCAGUCCUUGGAGGAGAAAAAGAAGAUGAGUAAGGCAGUUGCUGAGCUGUUCAAUCUGCGUAGGAUAAGGCAAGCUUCUGUUGCAGUGAAUGUUUGGCAGCCAGAAAUUAUUCGGAGCAGACAAAGGGAGAUGGUUCAACAGACCAAUGUGCCUGUUGAUGUUCGGAUCAAUGCUCUCGAGAUGGAGCUUAGCCUUUGCAAGCAACAGAUUGCAGCGUUUGAUAAUGCCAUUCGAGUUGAGAAAAAGAGGUGCCGCGCAGCUGAAGAAGAGCUGGCUUCGGUGAAAUACCAUCCGUUGCACGAUCUUGAGAACACUAGGGGACAUUCAAGUGGAUGCGGAGUUAGAAGUACAAGGUUGAAACAUACCUCAAUGGUCCCUGAAUGCUUCAUCAUUGGCCUUGAGCAUAAGCGGCAGUGCAACCUUCACUCCACAACGUACAACCUCCAUAUGCCGAGGCUUAAUCCUAUUCUCCAAACUGAAGGCAAAAUACUGUGGAAACUCCUUCAAUUCCUCCAAUUUUCCCUCCAUCUCCUUGGUAAAAUACUCCAAUUUCGGCUUGAAAUUGUUCUCAAUACUGAACGUGAAGAGCGCCGGACAUCUCAGAACCAUCUCCACGGCAUCCCUCUUGGAAAAUCCCAAGCUCACAAAGUAAUUAAGCUUGGGGAUGAGCGUGUUCUCGACGCUGGAGACCAGCAGAAUCGGGUCUUGAUAAGCUAGCGCGUGCAGAUCCUUGAACCCUAAUCUCUGGAGAUAAAACAGAGCCGGCUUCAAUUGAUCUCUGACGCUCGAAACCAGGAGCCUCGGGCACUUGUUGAUCACUUUUCUGAAAUUGUAAUCGGAAACUCCGAGAUCGUGGGAGAGGAAGUUGAAAACCGGAGCGAGAUCGGAUUUGAUGUCGGAGGUGAGGAUGGUAGGGCACAUACCGAAGAUUCUGCCCAAAUCCUUGAGGUGGAUGCCCUUGGACUGGAGGAAAGUGACGAUGGCGUGGAUGGCGUGGAGGGAGGCGGUAUGGAGAGCGGGGUUCACGGACAGGGCGCGGCCGGAGUCAACACCCAUGAUCUCGAGGCAGAGGAUUUUCUCCUUGAAUUGGAAGGAGAUGUUGGUGUGGGUCGUUUGGUAGAGAGGGUGUGUUUGGAGGAGAGUUUUGGGUUUGGCGCUUCUUAGGAGGAUGUUUUGCGGUUCGGGAUUCGGAGAGAUGCACAUGGAGGUCCGGCAUGAUGUCGCCGCUGGAAGCAUGGCGGCGCCGCCGUGAGAUGCGUGGAAAUGGAGGUGAAGGUGAAGGUGAAGUAGGAGUUGGAUUUCUCCUCGCGAGGAUUGAGUUUUGAUCUGAUCCUACA